UGCCACAGUAACGGCUGGCUGUUGCCUGGAAACAACCCACCUCACCUCUCUUCGCCCAUUGCGCAUGCGCACGGACGUCAGCUGGGAGCAGAGCAAGCGGCAUCAUGGCGGCAGCCAGUCGCGGCGUGCAGUGUACUUUUCGGAGAGCGAUGGCUCCGUCGUUGGUGGUUAUUUUGGGGGCUACCGGCACCGGAAAGUCCAAGCUGGCUAUCGAGAUCGGAAAACGGCUUCAGGGAGAAAUAAUCAGCGCCGACGCCAUGCAGGUGUACCGGGGCCUGGACAUCAUCACCAAUAAGGUGAAACCCGAGGAGCUCACCCAGUGCAGACAUCACAUGAUCAGCUUUGUGGACCCACUAGUUAGCAGCUACACGGUGGUGGACUUCAGGAACAAAGCCCUGGCUCUAAUAGAUGACAUGCACAGCAGAAACAAACUGCCAGUCAUUGUAGGAGGAACAAAUUAUUUCAUUGAGUCUCUGCUGUGGAAAAUCCUGCUGGAUACUGGGCAACAGAACGAGAACUUGGGGGAUGGAGGAGAUGGAACUCCAGACAGGAAAAUGGAGCUGGAAAGACUGGGUGGAGCAGAGUUACACAAACAACUGGAGAAGGUGGACCCCAAAAUGGCUGCCAUGUUGCACCCCAAUGACAAACGCAAGCUUGCCAGGAGCCUGCAAAUCCAUGAGGAGACAGGUGUUCCCCAUAGUCACUGGCUGGAGGCGCAGAAGGGACAGGAAGGAGGCGAUGGGUUGGGGGGGCCACUGAGAUACCCAGAUUCCUGCAUAUUCUGGCUGCAAGCUGAUAUGGAGGCUCUAGACAAGCGGUUGGAUGUUCGUGUAGAUGAGAUGUUGUCAUCAGGACUGAUAGAGGAGCUCAGAGACUUCCAUAUCCGCUACAAUCUGCAGAAAGUCCAGGAUGACAGCCAGCGCUAUCAAGAAGGGAUUUUCCAGUCAAUUGGUUUUAAGGAGUUUCAUGACUACCUCACGGCUCCAGAAAGCAGCACCCAGCAGGAGAAAGACACAUUACGAGAAAAAGGUAUAGAAGCUGUGAAGACUGCUACAAAGCAUUAUGCACGCAAACAGAAUAAAUGGGUCCGUAACCGCUUCCUCAAACGACCAGGAGGCAGUGUACCAGCAGUGUAUGGCCUGGAUGUGACAGACCUGUCGAGGUGGGAGGAGAUGGUGCUGAACCCUGCACUGCAGAUACUGGAGUGUCUCAGUAAGGGAGAGGAGCCAACAAUUCCACCAAUCAGAGUUCAGAGAGCGGAGGAGAGAAACAAGCGGAGUCGUCACACAUGUGAUAUUUGUGACAAAGUGAUCAUCGGUGACCUAGAGUGGACAGCUCACCUGAACUCCAAGAAGCAUCGCUACCAUGUGAAAAAAAAGAGGAAGCCUGAUCCAGCCUGUGACCAUGCUCAGAGCAGUGCUGCAGCUCCUGCCUCUGCAGGAGAGACUCUCUCAGGGGACACUUGUGCUACUGUUGCCCCAGGAUGCAGUGAAACCUCUCAGGAGUUUUGGGACAACACACCAGUGACAGUUUAACAACUGCGCCAACUGGACUGCAUACAUCUUCUCUGAGAUUCUAUCCUUUGUUCUGCAUUGUUUCUCUUUUAGUCUUUAGAGAAUCACAAAUGCAUCCACGUCUUUUUUUAACAUAGAAGGCCCCCCUGGGAGGGUCUUCUCCCUGCUCUCUUGCUUCCCACUGAGUUGCAUUAAUUCCAUUAAAACAUAACUUGAAAGCACUUAAAUUUCAACUGGAUGAAAGUCCUCCUUUUCCUACAGAGAAAUUCAUAAUACCGUUCCUUGCUGAAUGUGGAUAACAAUGAACAUUUUUGAACAUUUCUUUUAACAUUCAUGAAGAUUUGAACUCAGAAGGAUACAUUUAAUGUUUUAUGGCAUGUACAGCUAGAGAAGUGUGCAUUUUAAGGACUGUUUUUAUUUUAAGGACUGUUUUUGUCACUGUCUUAAAACCUUGGUUAAAUUGAAAUUAUUUUUCAAUUUUUACUGAAUGUGCCUUAACCAAAGCAGAGGUCUUUCAUAUGGCUGGUAUUGAAAGAAAAUCUUCCAUUUCAUAAAUAUUACUGUUUCAAGAUUUAAGAUUCUUUGUCUUUUAUUAAGCUUAACCAACAUGCACCCUUAACUUCAUACAGCUAGUGUUUAAAUCUUAAAUAAACCAAAGGAUCUUACAUUUUCUCAGCCACUGGAUGAUGUUUUGUGUUACUAAAGUGAAAAACAAUCCACAUGAAUUCAGCUCUCUCAGUGAGACCUCGCUGUCAAGCUUGC